CGGAGGGCGGGGCGCCGGUACAUCCGGCGGCGGCGGCGGCCCGGCGCCGGCAGGGCCACACAGCACAGCGAGCCCUGGAGAGAGCGCCUGGACGCCUGGCCCCCUGGCCCCGCAGCGCAGCCUCUGCGAGCCGCAGCCGGCUCCCCGGGCCCCUCUGCUCCGGCCUGGGGCUGGGGGGAGAAGCUGCCUCCAUCCCGCAGAGGAGGCCGCGGGCUUCAGCAGCGCGGAGACGCAUGGGGGCCGCGUGUCGAGAAUUCCAGGAGCUGCCACGUGGCCAGGAGUGGAAGGCGGGGGAGCGCUGAGGCUCGAGGCUGCUGGACCCAGAGGGAGGCAGGAGGCAGAAGGAGGAUCGGCAGACCGGCAGGCAGAGGCAGGGAGACGAGAAAGUGAGGGGCACGGAGAAGGGGGAGGGGAGGCCUCCAGCAGGGGUGCCUGUCCCCCGUCCGUCUGCCCGUGUCUGCCUCCGGGACGAGCCUCCCUCCACAUGGCCUCCAGGCAGGCUGCCGGCAGGGGCCCCGGGGAGAAGCGCAAGAGGGUGGUGCUGACCCUGAAGGAGAAGAUGGACGUGUGCGCGCGGCUGGAGAAGGGCGAGAGCCGGAAGGCGCUGAUGCAGGAGUACAACGUGGGGAUGUCCACGCUCUACGACAUCAGGGCCCACAAGGCGCAGCUGCUGCGCUUCUUCGCCAGCUCCGCCUGCAACAAGGCGCUGGAGCGGCGCCGCACGCUGCACACGCCCAAGCUGGAGCACCUGGACCGGGCGCUGUACGACUGGUUCCUGGGCCGGCGUGCCGAGGGCGUGCCCGUGUCGGGCCCCAUGCUCGUCGAGAAGGCCAAGGACUUCUACGCGCAGAUGCAGCUCACCGAGCCCUGCGUGUUCUCCGGGGGGUGGCUGUGGCGGUUCAAGGCCAGGCACGGCAUCAAGAAGCUGGACGCGGCCGGGGAGAAGCAGGUGGCCGACCGCCACGCGGCCGAGCGGUUCUGUGGGUUUUUCCGGAGCCUGACGGUGGAGCACGGCCUGACGCCGGAGCAGGUGUACAACGCCGACGAGACCGGCCUCUUCUGGCAGUGCCUGCCCGGUCCCACCGCCGAGGGCGGGCCGGCGCCCGGCGGCAGGCAGAGCCGGGACAGGCUGACGGUCCUCAUGUGCGCCAACGCCACGGGCUCCCACAAGAUCAAGCCCCUGGUGAUCGGGAAGGGCAGCGGCCCGCGGGCGCCCAGGGGCAUCCAGCACCUGCCCGUGGCCUACCGGGCGCACGGGAACGCGUGGGCGGGCCGGGCCGUGCUGGCCGACUGGUUCCACCACAUCUUCGUGCCCGCGGCGAGGGAGCACUUCCGAGCCCUGGGGCUGCCCGAGGACAGCAAGGCUGUGCUGCUGCUGGACGGCUCCCGGGCCCACCCGCAGGAGUCCGAGCUGGUGGCCGGGAGCAUCUUCACCAUCUUCCUGCCGGCCAGCGCGGCCGCCCUCCUCCAGCCCAUGGACCAGGGCAUUCGGCGGAGCUUCAUGAGGAACUUCAUCAACCCCCCGGGGGCGCUGCCCGGCUUCCACCCGCGCUACGGGGUGAGCGACGCCAUCUGCAGUGUGGCCUGCGCCUGGGACGCCGUGCCCGCCGCCGUCUUCAGCCGCGCCUGGGGGCGGCUGUGGCCCGGGGCGGCCGCGCUGGCCAACGGCUCAUCUUCCGAGGACGAGCCCGAGCGCCCGGGAGCCAGGCCUCACGACCAGACCUUCGCACACGUCCUGGAGCUCGGGGGCGAGGCCCUGUCGCGGAUGAGCAGCAGGCUUCAGGGCAGCGCGGCCGCGGGGCAGGAGGCCGGAGCGGGGCGUCCGGCCGAGGGUCCCCCGGAGCAGGCGGAGAAGGGUGGGGGCUCCCAGGCGGCCGGGGAGAGCGAGGAGGCGACCUGGGAGCAGGCGGCCGCGGCCUUCGACACGGUGCUGCGCUUCGCCGAGGGGCAGCCUUGCUUCACGGCGCAGGAGCUGGGGCAGCUGCGGGCCCUGCGCUCCGUGUUCCUGCGGCGGCAGCAGCAGGGGCGGUGGCGGCGCCCACCCCUCAGGGCCGUGGUCAAGCUCGAGGGCCCCCGGGAGCGCACAGGGGGCUGCGCCGCCUCGGCCUGCGCGCCGUGCCCUGCGGGCGAGAACUGACGGUCCCCGGCCGCCUGCUGCCUGGUGCCGCCGGCAGGAGCUGUCCCUGGGGAGUGGGUGCUGGGGCGCGGCCCCUCACACUCAGUUACCUGCGUUCCGGUCACGCCCCGUGAACGUGAGGAGCUCAGCCUCCCGGGGCUGACCCUUGCUCUGACCCAGCGCAGAGCUGUCUGUCUGACCCGCCGAGCGUGGAGAGGGGAACGCCGGCCCUCAGGCCACCAUGGCUGCGCUGCUGUCCCUCAGGUGGGCUGCUGGCUGGUGGCCGUGCCUGUCGCCAGCAGAGCCUGCCUGUGGCUGGGGUGGCAGCCUGCUUGCCGCCCCGCUGGAGGCUGGUCUCCCGCCGUGGCCGCGUCUUUCCUGAAAGAAUCUCCAUGCUUCCGGCACUCACCCGCCCCCGCCUUGGACUGGACCCCGAGAUGCGGGCCACACGCUGAUGGACGCGGUGGAACGUGCCGUUCCGAGCGCCUUCCCUGCUGGGCCCGCCCCCACCUUCCCUGUUGUCCCCUCGUCCCACCUUCCCCCUUCCCUUCGGCAGCCCGGGCAGCCUGGGCCGGGCCUCACUUCACUGCUCAGCCCUCUGCCCUCCCUGGUGCCACCUCGUCUCCUUUCAUCCCUCUCCCUGCCCCUCCCUCGCCCAGCCCUGCGCACCGACCGUCUGUCCCUCUGGGGGGCCACGGCAGAGCCGCCCACGCAGGGCCUGGCCGCCGAGGGUGCUGGCCGAGCGGAAAGCUGCGUCCGCCCUCAGGGGACAGGCGCUCAGAGGAAGCCGCACGGGAUGCUGCAGCCUCUGCUUGGCGGCCGGGUGGGCGCGGCGGCGUCUCCCACUGGCCUGCUGGCCACGCGUGGCUGCCGCCUGCUCCUCAGUGUCCGCGUUCGUGUCCCCUGUCAGCUGAGGAUGGCACAGGCGGGACCGGGCUGUGGCCCUGCCCUGGCGGGGCGGGCGGGGCCUCCCGCGGGCACAGGGCUCCACGUGGGGGCGGAGCAGUCCGGGUGGAGGCCGUGGCUGCCCCACAUGGAAUGUGCUCGGCGCCCGAGCCGUCCACGCACCGUGGCCAAAGCCGCGACGUUCACAUUCCGGGUGUUUUACCCCAAUAGACAGCGAGGCCGAGGGCGGCGAUGGGACUGGUGACUGGGCUGGGGGCCUGCAGAGCCUCAGCCUCCGGGGCUGGUCGGGGGGGCAGCUGGCCCCGUGUUGUCCCCUCGUCCCCCCUUCCCCCCUCACCGGGGCAGACCCAGCCGCCGCCGCCUGGGAAUCGGGGAGGGGGCGGGCGGGCAGGGAGGGGGGCUCAGCCUGCCCAUCGCCCACCGGUCCUCAGCACCCACUCAGUGCCAGGCGUUGCCAGGUCCCCGUGCCCAGCCUGCGUGGUGGGGCCAGGCCCGGCUGGAGCAGGACGAGGCCUAGUGAGGGGCAGGGCCAAGGGCCUGUGUCCGGCCGGCUGGGGGCAGGGGGUCCGGAGCAGCCUCUGACCCACCCGUCCUGUCCCCUCUCCACAUUUAUUGCCCCACCCCUGCCCCCCAGAGGCCUCACUGGCCACUCCAGGGCAGCCGCACCCUGACCCCGCGAGCUCAGCCGCCUGCUGGUGGCGGGUUCGGUCUCGCUGGAGGCCGCCCCCCAGGCCCAGGGACCCGGAGGCCUGCGGGCAUCAGCCUCCCUACCCGUGGAAAGGAUGAGUGUCAGCCACUCAGGGCCUUGGAGCCCGGCAUCGGCGACCCUGACGUUUUAGGGAGAGAGGUGCCUGGCUGUGGUCUCUAAGCCGCUGCCUCACAGACACCUGGCUGGAGAUGUGGGGGGAGGGGCGGAAGGUGGGGGCCGCCCUCUCCCUCUCCCCACUGUGUGUCCCCAGAGUCGCUCCUGGGCUGGGCAGGUGCGUCAGGGCCCGGCGGGUGGGUCGGCAUGAGGGUGGGUCGGGAUGACGCGGGCCUGACGUGCUUUCCUCCCAGACAAAGGCCUCCGCUGCUGGGGGGCCCAGAUCCCGGAGGUGAGUCAGCGCCGGAGGGAGGGCCGGUGAGCAGUGAGCAGCCCCUCCUGGCAGCCCCUCCUGUCACUCGGGACAGCCCCAGGGAGGAGGGGGGCAGGGAGGGACGAGGAGGGGAGGGGAGGAGAAGCUGGACCCAGGCACCUGGAGAGGGAGGCCAGGCCCCCAGGACUCACCGCAGGCCCCUGAGCUGCCGCGGGGUCUGCUGGGCGUGGUGGCCGGGAUUGCUGUGGGGGGCAGCCCUCAGACCAGAGGGCCUGACUCUCUGAUGGGGAGGAGCUGAGCGGCCGCCAGCGUGGGGGGCAGCAGGUACCCGCCGCCCUGGCAGGCGACCGGCACCGGGUCCCAGGCCCCGCGAGGUGGUUGGAGCUGCCAGCUGUGGAGGGGGCGGCGGCGGCCACCAGGCCCUCCAGGGGGUCCGCGCGGGAGAACAAGGACAGACUGACGGCCCGAGUGGCGGGGUCUGAGGGGCCUGCAGGCACAUCUCGGAGUCGGAGGAUGUCCUGUGUCAGGGACAUGGAGCCGCUCGGGUGGACAGGAAGGGGUGGGUGGCUCGGGCCGGCGUGGUCCCCAGUGCCCCCGCCCUCCGGCCAGCCCGCCUGUGCCACACGCUGGCCAGGGGCCGCGGGCUGUCCUCCUCGGAGCCCAUGAGGGCGGGGCGGCCUCACCCCAUGUGGUUGCCGUCCGUCCGCAGCAGGCUGCCUGGGUUCUCCAGCUGAGGGCCUAGUGCAGCCGAGGCAUCUGACGGUUCCAGUGAGGUGGAACCUUCUAGAGACUCGAGGACGGGAUAGUCCGGACCCCUGGGCACUCCGUGGGGCCCCUCCGUGGGCUGGGCCAGGGGCACUUCCAGCCUCAGGACAGAGAAAUAAAUGUUUAAGCCCGAA